GGUGGAGCGUACAUCGUACAUGUACAGUAUAUGUACGUCAGCGAGGGUACGCUCACGUACGUACGUGUACACAGCUACAGCACAGUCAGCAACUCGCUGUUUUGAAGUUCUUUCAGAACUUUUCGAAGUACGUCUUUCAGGAUGGCAAGUGGCGUACAGGCUAACAUUCUUCGUCUCUUGCAGGAUGUUGGGAAAGCUGCGUGCCGUUGCCCUGCCCACUCUCAAGCCUUCCGUUUGAACCAACCUACCACACCCAAGCAUGUGUGCUCCUCCACUGAGGCAGCUACCCAGCCAGAAUAUGCCUUCGAGAUGGCAUGCUCCAACAUUAGGUACGGCAAAGGAGUUACCCAGGAGGUUGGAAUGGAUUUUAACAAUCUUGGUGCGAAGAAAGUGUGCGUCAUGACAGACAAAAUAAUAGCGAGUCUUCCGAUCAUGACAGCUGUGUUAGAAUCUCUUCAGCGCCACCAUGUCAGCCAUGAUGUGUUCCAGAACGUCCGUGUUGAACCCACUGAUGUCAGCUUCAAAGAAGCCAUAGCAUUCGCCAAAGCGGGCAACUACGAUGCCUUCCUAGCGGUGGGCGGUGGUUCGGUCAUGGACACCUGCAAGGCAGCUAAUCUCUAUGCCAGCAAUCCCGACGCUGACUUCCUGGACUUUGUGAACGCUCCCGUUGGCAAAGGCAUGCCGGUCAGAGGAGAGGUGAAACCCUUACUGGCCGUUCCUACUACUGCAGGAACUGGAAGUGAAACAACAGGGGUGGCCAUCUUUGACUAUAUGCCUCUUAGGGCAAAGACAGGUAUUGGCAGCCGAGCCAUCAGACCUCUUCUUGGCAUUGUGGAUCCCCUCCAUGUUAUGCACAUGCCAACCAAUGUGGCUACCUACAGUGGUUUUGAUGUGCUUUGUCAUGCACUGGAGUCCUACACUGCAAUUGACUAUGACAAGCGAACACCGCGGCCAAGCAACCCCAUUGAGCGGCCAGCCUAUCAAGGCAGCAACCCAAUCAGUGACAUCUGGUCCUUGCAGUCCAUGCGAGUCAUCAAGAAGUACUUCACAAGGUCUGUCAAGGAUCCCGAGGAUUUUGAGGCACGGUCAGCCAUGCAUCUUGCCAGUGUGUUUGCUGGUGUAGGGUUUGGCAAUGCAGGUGUGCACUUGUGUCAUGGCAUGUCUUACCCAAUCGCUGGAAUGGUAAAGAACUUUCAGGCAAAGGAUUACACCACAGACCAUCCCAUCGUGCCCCAUGGUCUGUCCGUUGUCAUGACAGCACCAGCAGUAUUCCAGUUCACUGCGCCGAUGUGCCCAGAGAGACAUCUUGAAGCAGCUGAAGUCCUGGGUGCUGAUAUCACCAACGUCAGGAAGGAGGAUGCAGGCAAGGUGGUGGCUGACGUAAUGCGGGAGUACAUGUAUGAAUUAGAUAUUGAUGAUGGACUGAUGGCACUAGGCUACACCAAAGAUGACAUUCCAGACUUGGUCAAAGGAACACUCCCUCAGAAACGUGUGACUAAGCUGGCUCCACGGGAACAGACGGAGGGAGACCUGGCCAUGAUGUUUGAGCAGUCUAUGAAAGUUUACUAGAAAAAAAAUUAUCAAUCUCCAAGCUGAUCCAUCUAUAGAUGUAGUUUCGUCAAGCAAGUAAUCAGUGGUACCGUCUUAUGUUCGAAUAAUGCUUAGAAGUUGGAUAACCGUGCGUUUACCAAUCAAUGAUAUUUCAUCCAGUUUUCAAUCAACUGAUCAAAGUAUCACCUGAUCUAUUGCCAAUCAAUCAUGCAACUCAUAGCUUGAAUUGAAAUCAAGAUAGCAGUUGAAUGAAUCCUGUCAUCAAAUCAUGACACUGUACAGAUCACUUCAUUUGUGUGCUGUGUAUGUACAUAAGAAUGCGCUAUGUAUGCUAUUGCUUUGCUUGUCAUUAUAUUGAAAUCUGAAGAAAACUGUGGCCCAUUCAAGAUGAUUUUUAACAUGUCUGGAGGGUGUUUUAUUAUGAUUUACAUGUACUUGUAUUUGACUGGUGGUGAAAACCUUGCAUGUGACAUAUCCGAAUGCAGCUGUCAUGUAUCUCCUUAAAAAUACAUAUAUGCGCUAUGUAUGCUAUGAUUUAUUGAAUCCUCUUAAUUGACCAAAAUCUGCUAUUUUCUCCUUAUCUUGAUGAAGAUAGAAUUGUAAAAGCAAACCAGCUUUGCUUGUCAUUAUAUUGAAAUCUAAAGAAAACUGUUGCCCAUUCAAGAUGAUUUUUAAAAUGUCUGGAGGGUGUUUUAUUAUGAUUUACAUGUACUUGUAUUUUGUAUAUGAUUAGUUGUGAAAACCUUGCAUGUGACAUAUCCCAAUGCAGCUGUCAUGUAUCUCCUUAAAAAUAUGUUUAUCAAAUAUCUACUUUUUAAUUUGUUUGGUUUUCUGGUUGCUUUUUCCAUGUUACUCCACAUAAAUUGUCAGAGUGAUGUUUUCAACACUAAAGCAGGUACUGUAUUGUAUUUUUAAAAAAAUUCUUUGUAAUUGAGAGAACUGCAGUACUUGCUGGGUAAUGCUUUCAGCAUUAUUCAGUGUAUGUAAAAGUCUAUCUUGAAUAAACACAUUUUGGAUCAAACAA